AUGGUAAAAAAAUUUUCAUUACAUAAUGUGAAUAACUGUCGUUUAGCAAACGUUUUUGAUUAUGCUGCAAAAUUAAAUGAAAAAAAUUACUUCUUUCACACAUUCCUUUUUUAUAAAAAUAUAUGCUAUCAGAAAAAAAAGAAAAUAAGUAUAUUUCUUACUUAUCCAAAUAGAUACAAAAGAAAUAUUGAUGAACUUGACAAUAAUUUAUAUUUUCUUUUAAAAAAUAAUAUAAAAAUUUUAAAUCAAAUGGCAGAACGAAAUGGCCUAAAUCAAAUAAUUAAACAUAAUAUAUCUAACAAAAAGAUGUGCAAUAAUAUUAAUAAAAAUAUAGAAGACAAAAAUUCUACUGAUAAAAAUGACUUAAAUGUAAAUAAUGAAAAUAAAAGCGAUGAAAAAAAAAAUAUGGAUGAUAUAAUAGAUUUAGAAUUAUCUGAUAUUUGGUCAAAAAAAACAUUAUUAGUAAAUUAUAAAAAUAAUAUAUUUGAAAUAAUUUUAAAUAGGCCGGAUAAAUUGAAUGCAUUAAAUAAAGAUAUGGUAACUGGCUUAUUAAAUAUGAUAAAGAGUUUAGAUAAUGAUAAAAGAUGCCAUAUGAUAGUGCUUAGAAGUAUUAAUACAACUAGUUUUUCAUCAGGUUCUGAUGUAAAGGCUAUAAUUGAAAACAAAGAAAAAGGAUUAAUGCAUUUAAGACAACUUUAUUUGUAUAUUAAUUAUUUAUCAAAAUUUAAAAAGAAUUUUUUAUGUAUUUGGAAUGGAUAUGUUAUGGGAGGAGGGUUAGGAAUUUCUAUGUAUUCAAAACACAGAGUAAUUCAUAAAAAUGUUAUUUUUGCAAUGCCAGAAAAUAAAAUAGGUUUUUUCCCUGAUAUUGGUUCUUGUUAUUUUUUUAAAAAAUAUUUUGGUAGAAAUAUUGGAUUACAUUUAGGAUUAACUUCUUUAAAAUUAAAUGAAGCAGAUUUAAUGAAUUUUAAAGUAUGUACCAAUUAUAUUGAAAAUAUUGACUUAUUUUUAAAUGAAUUAAAAAAUAUUAAAAAAAAUAAUCUAAAUGAUUUUAAUAAUGAAUAUCAUAAAAUAUUAAGUAAAUAUCCUUUAAAAGAUUGUAAUGUUACCCCUGUAUUAACAGAAGAAUUAGUUAGCAAUAUCAAUAAAUAUUAUAAUUCUGCAAAUAAUUUAGAGGAAUUAAUAAGCAAAUUAAAAAAAGAUAAUAAUGAUUUUUGCAAGAAAUUAUUAUCUGACAUUAAUAACAAUUGCUAUUUCAGUUGUAGAUUUUGGUUUUCAUAUUUUCUUUAUAAUUAUGAUAAGACUUUAGAAGACAUAUUAGAUAAUGAUUAUAAAAUCUCUCAAUAUUUUUUAUAUCAUACAAAAACAUUUGAAACAGGUGUAACCGAAAUUCUUGCAAAAAAAAAUAAAAGUUUUCAAUGGAACAAAGUAGAAGAGAUUAAAUAUAUGGAAAUGGAAAAUAUUGAAGAUAUAUUAAUGAAUAAAAAUUUCUUGUCUAUUAAAGAUGAAUUUGUAUAA